AUGGUGCGCGCCACUUCCUCAUCAGCUGCGUCUGCAGUGCGAGUCUACCUCUCGUCGCGCGCUCUCACCGCCACCAUCGCACCACGACCGGCUGCCGUUCUUUCCGCCAGCACCAGUGCCGCCAUGCUGCGAUCCACCCCUGCCUUUACCCCACGUAGCUUCUCCACCACGCGCCGAGCGCUCAACACGCCCAAGUCGCCAUUCGCCGUGUUUGUAGACACGCUCAAAGCCGAAUUGCGCAAGAAUCAGGAGCUCCAAGAAAACAUGCGUCAGCUCUCCGGCGACGUCGGCAAGAUGCAAGACAGCGAAACAAUGAAAAAGAUGCGCGAUGCCUAUGAGCGCGCACGCAUCAUCACCUCGAUUAAGGAGAACCCCAAACUGCAAGCGGCCGCCGACGCGCUGCGCAAGAGCGGCGGUCAAGUCGGCGACGCCGUCGGCGCCACCCUCAAGCAGAUGGAAGAGUCCGAGCUGAUCAAAGGCCUCGGUGCCAUCAGCUCCCGACUCGCGCGUGGGCUGGAGGACAGUACCGCGCCCAUUCGCAACACCGAGGCGUACAAGCAGCUCAGCGAGACCCUGACCGAAGCGUUUGACGACGGCGGAAGCGCAUUGAGGAUCUAUGUGGACAAGGACAAAGAUGCGGCCGAGGUGAGGCGGAUCAAACGCGAGGCGAGGUUGCGCAAGAUCGGACGACCGCUGCCGACCAAGGAUGUGGAUUCCAAGGAGGCUGCCGCCGAGGUGAUGAAGAGCUAUGCGCAGAAGGAGGAGGAGGAGCUGGCCGCGGCUGAAGCUGCUGCGGCGGCUGCCGAGGCCGAGGCGCAACAAUCUGCUGCUGGUGCCGGUGCCGGUGCCGGUGCCAAACCCGAAGGAGAGCAAGCACAGCCAGAACCAGAACCAGAACCAAAAUCCAGCACCGCUCAGCCAGAACAACCCUCGCAGCCUUCCUCUUCCUCCUCCUCCACCACCUCCUCCAGCAGCGGCGCGCCCACACCACCUCCGAAACCAGCAGGCUACGCGGUGCGCGUUCGCACAGUUACCGAAAACACCACCAGCCAAGCGCUCGUCCUGCGUCCCGAGCCGGCAUACAAGCAGGCGUGGUCGUCGUUCAAGUCGUCCAACCCGCUGUUCCGCAAGCUGUCCGAGCUGUCGCUGGCAUACAACGAGUCGGAGAACCCGGUGGUGGAACGCGUGCGUGGGGUCACCGACUGGUUCGGCAGCCUGUUUGAGGAAAACGACUUUGCACGCGUCACGCGCCAGAUGAAACUGCUCGACCCCUCGUUCACGCUCGAGGCGUUCCAGCGCGACCUGCGCGAGUACGUCGUGCCGGAGCUCAUCGACGCGUACCACGGCGCAGCGCGCCACCUCCUCCGCCAGUGGUGCGGCGAGGCCACGUUCAACCUGCUCAUGGCCACCAUCGACCCGUACCUCUCCAAGGGCCUGCUCCCAGAAGGCCGUCUGCUCGACCUCAAGCAGGUCGAGAUCCUCCAGGCCAAAGUGCUCGAGAACAACGUCCCCGUGCUCGUGGUCAGCUUUACCACUCAGGAGCUCAUGUUUUUCAAAGAUCCCAAAACCGGCGAGGUCAAGGCGGGCAACGACAGUCAGCCCGAUCUGUGCCGCUAUGCAAUGGUGCUCACGCGCGUCGAGGAGGAGCUCGACAACCAGGUUACCGGUGGCUGGAAGGUCGUCGAGCUCGCACGAAGGGGCCAGGCCGCCUACCUCUAG